AUGAGUUCUCUUGGCGGAGAGUUAAUUGAAAAGGAUGUGAAAAGUACAUCUACGCAAGAAUUGCAAAAAGUCACACCAGACUCAAGCCUUAAAAACAACCUGGACAGGUUGACAAUUGAAACAUUGAGAUCACUUUGUUCAGCAAAGGGUCUACCUGAGACAGGAAACAAGAAAGACUUGGCGGAACAUUUUGCUACAAAGAUUACUAAUAAGAUUAAGGGUAAGGAAACAACGAACAUGGACGAUUCUUGGCAAAGUGAUGAAGAACGAUAUAUAAACCAGUAUGCGAACAACUUGAGGAAGGAUUUUCAGAGAAAAGAAAUAGGAGAACAAGAUCAGUUCGAAUACGAAGAAUGGCGUAAAGUAGAAAAACUCCUUGAUGAGGCGUUGACGAGUAAAUCAUGGGAUCAAGUGAUGAAGACUCAAGAGAUCACUUAUACUCGGGCUUAUAUGUUACGCAUAGGUCCAACAACGUAUCAAGGGUUUAACCAUACACCUCUUACUUAUCAGCAAAUGGAUGAUUUUAGGAAGACAAGUAAGAAAUCAGGAAGAUCUACCAGUGUAGUUUGUUUUAUAUGCGAAGAACAAAAAGAUAUUGAAUUCGUUUCGGCAGUCAGAAUCAAAUAUCUCUAG